AUGAACCUAGUUAAUUCAACUAAAGAAAGUCUUCAGAAUCUUCGCAAUGAUGAAACUUAUAAAAAUAUUUAUGAACAAUCAAAACAAAUUGCACUUCAAAACAAGGUACGUGUAGAAGAAUAUGAGGAAAGAAAUAAUCGCUUAAAAAGAAAUAUAUCAUUCAACAAAAAUUUUAAAGAUUAUUUUGUAACUUCAACACUUGGAAAGUCUAAUUCAAAAGGUAUGAGGGCAGUUCCAACACUUAAAGCUGAAGUUUUAUAUUCCAUUAUUGACAGAUUUGUACAACAAUUAGAAACUCGCUUUUCUGAGAAAAACCAAGAAUUAUUUAAGAUAUUUCAGAUUUUCGACUAUACAAGCUUAUAUUAUUUCAAUCCAAAGUGUCCAUCUUUAGAGUUCUUCAUAGAUCAUUAUAAAUAUUUUGAAAUUAAUAAAAUAAAAGUCAAAUCAGAAUUUUCAUCUGCUAAAGCUUUAAACUUUAAAACUCUUCCAAUAUCUACAGCAUCUAAUGAACGCUUUUUUUCUUCUAUGAAAAAUGUAAAAUCUUAUAUACGUACUUCUAUGGGUGACGAGCGACUCAGUGAUCUCAUGAUAAUAAGCGUUGAAAAGGACGAGGCCAAUAAAAUAGAUUUAAAUAAAGCUGUGGAUGAUUUUGGGAAAAUGAAGAAUAGGAGAUAUCCACUUUUUUAA